AUGGGUGGCAGUGAAGCUGGAGAUGAUUCAAAGCCAAAGGGGAACAGAGGAAUUUCUUUUCUUGAUUUUAUUAUGAGAAUUGUUGCCAUUUUAGGUACCUUAGGAAGUGCAAUUGCCAUGGGAACAACUAAUGAAACCCUUCCCUCCUUCGAACAGUUCAUUAGGUUUAAGGCUGAGUACAAGGACCUUCCUACUUUCACGUUCUUUGUGGUAGCUAAUGGCAUAGUUAGCGCGUACCUCGCUGUAUCUCUUGUCCUAUCCAUCUUGCACAUUGUGAUGAGUGGUGCAAGAAUAACAAGGGUGGUGUUGAUCUUCUUUGAUACGGUGAUGAUGGCAUUUUUAACAUCUGGAGCAUCAGCAGCAGCAGCCAUUGUGUAUUUGGCACACAAGGGAAAUGCUCGUGCUAAUUGGAUUGCUAUUUGCCAGCAGUACAACUCUUUCUGCGAUCGUGCAUCUGGCUCUUUGGUUGGAUCCUUCAUUGGAGUUCUUGUGUUUUUGCUGCUCAUCAUAUUGUCUGCUCUGGCUCUUUCAAGAAACUGAUUAUUGAUCACUUCCUGCGCCA